GCGGAGGGUGGUAACAUUGAAAACAUUACAAACGAUAAGUAUGAUAAAUAUGUGAGUUAUGUGCACAAUAUAUGAAACGGAGACAAUAGAUGGUCGGUUAAAUUAUUUCUGCUCUGAACGCUGCGUGCUGGGAACGGGCUGUGGUCUUGCAUCGCAAAGCAGGUCCUACACCUGCUAGCGGAAAGCCGGAAAUGGUGAUGGGGGCGGAGGAGUGAUUGAUUCAUCUGGUUAUGGAUGUAUGUUGAAGUUAUUUUGUAUUUUUUUUUUGUUUCGUUUGUGUAUGGGAAUGCACACCAUAUAGUGAACAUGUCAGUGGCGAGAACGAAGAAGUAUAUAACAGUCUUUCUACAGCCAGUGUUGAUUACGUGACUGAUUUUAGUUCGACUCUUUAUGGAAAUGAAAGUGAUCACCCCAAGUCUUCGUCAUGGUUAUGUUGCUUUGAAAUUUUAUUAACCGAUCUUUCAAUGAAAAGUAUUUCACAUGAAGCGUCGAAGCAGUGUGUGAGCGUAUAUUUAGGGCCUUAAACCAUGAGUGAGCCUAAUUUAGUAGAUUAUUCAUUCUGUACCAUUAAUAGUUUGUAUAAAUGCAAAAGUUAAGGAGGCCUGCCAAAAAUGGCUUAUGUCCAUUUGUUUUAGACUUGUUACCGGCAUUUAAUUGAUAUUGUUGACCAUCUGCUGUCUAAAGUGAAUGGAGUUGUAGGAGUUCGAGACCUUUCUGUAGGUGCAUGGCUAGGUAGGGGUUUUGAUCGGUUCACGUUUUAAGGACUGCAUAGAAAAAGGUAUGAUAGUUUUUUUUUAAGUGAGUAGUUUCUUCUGUAAUUCCGGUAUUUGGAAUUGUUGUACAUAUAAGUCACUGGAUACAGGUUUGGAACCAAUGGGAUUAAUAGUACAUUUGCCAGUGAGGUUAGGAAUUUUUUUUGGAGACAGAAGGAAGCUCAUGUCUGAACAGAGAUGACUUGUAAAGUAGAAGGAAAACACAGCAUCGUCUUUGCAUUGUUCAGUAUAACUAUGUGAAGAUGCCCCAGUCACAGGAAUGCAGUCUGUAUUGAAGACUUUUAAAGAUAAUUUAUAGUUCACAGAAAUUACAGCUGUAAUGUACUCUUUUAUUUACAUAUGUCAAAGUAGACCAGCUUGUAAAAAAUGAUAGUAAGUAAAUUUUGGAAACGUAACUGAUUCAGAGAAACAGAUUAAUUUAACAGAGGGAAGUGCUACAGAAUGGAUGAGUGGACAUUGAAUGAUUUACUGGAAUGUUCAGUAUGCCUUGAACGGCUGGACACUUCUAGUAAAGUAUUGCCAUGUCAGCACACAUUCUGCAAGAAAUGUCUAGAGGAGAUAGUGAGUACUCACAAAGAGCUGAGAUGCCCUGAAUGUCGCAUUCUUGUAGAGAUUAAAAUAGAGGACUUGCCACCAAAUGUCCUUCUCAUGCGGAUUCUUGAAGGAAUGCGAAAUUCAGCGCCCAAGAAACGCAAUGCUCUAUCAAACCGCUUGCAAGGCGGUCCCUCCCCUGCCCCUGCUACAGUUCAGCAUAUGGCACCAAUACAACAGCAGCAGGUGGCCCUACAUGCUGCAACAAUUUCUUCUCCUGAUACCAGAGUGCACGCAGUGCCAAAGCAGCAUGUUGUACAGCCCAACCAGCCAUGUGCCAAAGCACAGUAUGAUUACUUCUCAACUGAACCAGGUGAUCUGUGUUUUAAGAAGGGUGAUAUUAUCUUGCUGCGCAAGAAAAUUGAUAACAAUUGGUACCAUGGAGAGAGCGGAGGGAAACAGGGCGUCUUUCCUCUUACAUAUGUACAGGUCAUUACACCACUGCCCAGUCAUGUUCCCCAAUGUAAGGCCCUUUAUGACUUUCGAAUGACAAAUGAUGAUGAAGAAGGCUGCCUAACUUUUAACAAGGGUGAAGUUAUUACAGUAAUCCGUCGCGUUGAUGAGAAUUGGGCAGAAGGGAAGCUUGGAGACCGUAUUGGAAUUUUUCCUUUGGCUUUUGUUGAGCUGAACAGUGUGGCAAGAGCUCUUAUGAAGCUUUCUACAAACUCCCAACCUGGACCCUCGCGAGUUGCUCCACCUACACCAACUUCUGAAGACACCACUCCACUGAUUCCAACAGACCACACCCGCACUGUUGCCAAUUCUCUCACAUCCCGUCAACAGCAGCAGCAGCAGCAGCAGCAGCAUGGGACUGCAGCAAAUCUAGGAAAUGUAAGUGGCAAUGCUACAGCUGUUAUGCCAUCAUCUCAGCUGACACACCAGCAUCAGAUUUCCAACACAAACCUUACGGUAGGCAGUAGUGGUAGCAACAUCCCUGUCCCAGUGACGACUUCAGAUUCAAGUUCAACCCCAUCAUCAGCCUCGUCUUCGACAACGCCUAACAUGUCAUCGAGCAACACUUCGUCUAGCUCCAGCACAGCUCCAUCAUCUCCUACGUCUCCUCCCCCACCACGGAUACCAGUUCCAGUCAUCACUCCUCCUCCCCACAAUGUUGUGACUCCACCUCCUCCCAGGCCAGCACACAAUCCUAACAUAUCCCCACCUCAUGCCCUUCCUCCACAUCAUGGCACACCUGGUCAUCAUGCCCCUUCUGCACAGCACAGAGAGAAACGUCACAGCUUUAGUGUGCUGCACACAGGACAUCACCACCAGACUUCUCACAGGCACUCUGCUGAGAUUUUGAGCCCUACUGAAACAUCACAAGAUUGUCUUAGCCCAGAACACACCCUGCAGUCACAGGUGGGUGGUAGUGGCGAACUAGUUCAGCGGCAAGGUAGCCAGCAACAUCGACGAUCAGGAAGUAGUGACACAACAGCACCAAUGGUAGGCAGUGGAUUGACUCCACCACCCCCACAAGGAGCACCACACCACAUCCCAACUACUCAGUUGCCUGCAGCAUACAUCGCACUCUACCCAUACAAGCCCCACAAAGCUGACGAACUGGAACUGAAGAAGGGUGCAAUAUAUACAGUUACUGAGAGGUGUCAGGAUGGUUGGUUCAAAGGCACCUCCAGUCGUGCGCAGAAAUGUGGAGUUUUUCCUGGAAAUUAUGUUACACCUAUCAGGUCCCUAACAGCUGGACAGGCACAGUUGCUUGGUCUUACACGAGGUCCCAACAGCUCAUCCACAUCACCACAACAGGGAACCAUAUCUGGUAGUGGCAGCUGUAGUGGUUCCCCGCGCAACAAUCCUGCAACAUCAACUCCACCUCUUGAACCACGCAGUUUCACUCGUGGUGGCAGCAGUAAGCAGGGAUCGUCCCCCCACGUAUACAGUCCUCGUAAUAGUCAGCAGAGUCACAGCAUCACCACUAGUGCAAUUACAUCACAGAUUCCUCCUGAGCUUCCUCCCCGGUCAUGCAGCCCUUCCCUCUCCUUGUCCCAUCAACAUGGUUCCCCGUCCAUAUCAUCAUCAUCAUCAUUGCAUCAUGGUUCUGCUAUCUCUUCAUCUUGGCAUGGACAACACCCUCAGCAGUCUGGGACAUUUGGGUCAGAACUGACUUCCAGCUCCACCCCAGUCACUCUUGGUCGCAGCCAUAGUGCAGUUAUGGCAACCGGCAGUACUGCGACUCAUAGCUUUGAUACUACGAGCAGUACGUUGGGUCGCAGCAGUGGUGGCCACAUGUCAACUACUGUUGCACCACCACCAAAUGUUUCAGUUACAGCCAUGAGCAGUAGACCAUCGGAUAAGGCUAAAGAAAAGAAAGCAAAAGGAGGACUUAUGAGUCGUUUCACCAGCAUCAAGAAGUCCAAAUCCCCACCGCCCGCUACGUAUUCUAUGGACAAUCCAGUGUUUGAUGAUGGAGGAGUGGCAGUGAGUCCUCAGCACCCUGUGCAUGUCAGGUCUGGCUCGUGUCCCAGUCAGCUUCUACAGGUUCUUCCACUAGAUGGUAGUACCGCACAUCAUCGCCUCUUUGGCUCUUCUGCUUCUUCGGGCUCACAGAGAAUUAAACAUAAAGAACAGCGACCCAAUGUAGUCAUGGCUAAUCUGGCCCACUUCGGAAGGUCGAGUGACGGUAGUGCCUCUGGCAGCAGUGGAAAUCAUCGCAAGUCAAACUCGUUAGAUGCAGGCAGUGCUGGAGAUGGUGGUGGAGGAAGGAAGACAAAUAAGCCCCUUUUCCCACCUGUAAGGGAAAGAUUCCGCUGCAUUGUGCCUUAUCCUCCAAACAGUGAAGUUGAACUAGAACUGUGGGUUGGAGAUAUCAUUUAUGUACACAAGAAACGUGAGGAUGGCUGGUACAAGGGCACACAACAACGAACAGGCCGUACUGGACUGUUCCCAGCAAGUUUUGUGGAAGGUUGCUGAGAUUCCCCACCAUGCAUGAUGGAAUCUUGCAUCUAACCCAGCCAAGCAGCCAACAACGAGUGAAAUGCGUCAAAGCUCUCUGAAAGGGUUGUGGAGGUGUGAUGAAGUCAUGCAUUGGGUUUUGAAAUGAACAAAUAGUGAUUAAAGAAAUCCUUAUUUUUACAGGUACCAUGUUUUGAGAAGAUCAUCACAUGGAUUACAUCUCUGCAGUCUCACAGUGAUAUGCAGAUCCCUGGCUCUGCCUUCUGUAACAUUAUAACCCCAAGCUCAGGAGGAAGAAUGUAGCACUGGUGUCACAUCUUCAUUUCAACUGCAAACGUAGUCACUAGCUUGCAGUGGUGAAAGCAAUUACAAUUAUGUCUAGUGAUGGAAAGAACUGUCAAUUGAUCCACUUGCAAAGCAGAUAUUGCUUAUGGUUUCAUAUCAGGUUAAUAAACCAAGCUUUACUUUAGACUUCUAAUUAUUGCAGAUUAAGAACCAAAUGAUGUCUGAUCAUGAACUCCCUAACCAGAGCUGGGGAAAUACUUUUGAGCUUAGAGGUUCAGGUGAAUGGUGGACCAUAGUUCUUAAGAGCAUUUGAAUAUUACGACCAAAUUUUUAAUUGAUAUGUCAAUGUUUAUCUUAACAAAAGUUAUAAAUAAUAAUGUUUAUCCUACAUAAAUUUGUAUGUUUAUGAUACAAGUGUGGAAGUUUUGUAAGGGUAUUGCCAACACCUUCCACAUCUUCUAUUUGCAUCAUUUUAUCUACUCUGAUCCCGCAAGUUAUCUGUACUACUGUCACUGACACACAGGGUUACAGUUUGAGCCAGUGGACAGUGAUAACUACAGGAGACAAUAAGUAUUGUUUUCUAAGUAGAAGUGUGAUCAGUUUCUGAAUUUUAAACAUACUAUGCAGAAAUUUCGUUCAUUUAUAUUAGUGUUUAUAUCUGUAAAACAGGAUUGCGAUUUCAUCAUGGGAAUUUGUGUCAUAAUAAAUUUACAUUGUGAAUAUUUGCAAUGAAAGCAACUUGUAUUUAUCUAAUAUUUUUGUAUAAAAUACAAGCAUUAGUCAGCAGUAUGAAUAAGGACUUCAAGAUGUGUAUACAUUUUGUGUUUGAAUUGAAUAACUUGCCAGUAAUUCAAUUGUGAGUGCAUAUAAGGGUAAUUUCUUUUCUUUGCAUGUUUUAAAGUAAUGUUAUUACUUCCAUCUUUCAACUUAAUAGUAGUUCUAGUUACCGAAUUUCUUCCAAAGAUGUCAUUGUAUAUAUAAAUGUGAAGAUUUUGUUAGUAUAAAUGAGAAAUUAACUUUUAAAAUUAACACAACGUGACAGCAUGUUUGUGAUUGAAAUACAGAUGGAAUGUUGCAGUAUUUUUUUGUUAUAUUUGUAGGAUUUUAUAGCUCCUCUCACAUUUUCUUCUACUUGCUCAUCACAUAUUUUACCAGCCUGUGAUUUAGGACAUAUAUUUUUUCCUCAUUUCUUUGUUGUCUCCAAAAUAAAUCACCAUGUACAUGUUCUUUAUAUACUGCAGUGGGUUGUAAGUUCUUACAGUCAGAUAAAUAUGGUAGUUGGAUUUAUAUAGUUCUGCUUACAUUGAUGCUAAUAUAUACAGGAGAUUGAAUUUUUAGAGUUAUAAAUCUGUGUUUUUUUUGCAUUUCUUGAUAAGGUAGACCGGUUUAGUGACUAUGGAUGUGCGAAUGUAUAUAUGUGUUUCAAAAUGUUUCUGUCACAAUCUGCAUUAAAAGGCAGAGCACUGGGCAUGGUGUGAAUGUGGCAGAUCAUCUAUAUUUAUCACUGUGUUCAUGCACUAGUAAGGAAUUUGGGCGAGUGACUGCAUUGCCAGUCUUGCUCUGUUCUGACAUUACCCAGUCUGGGUUCACCCCCCUGCCUGAGCCGAUUAUUGGACCAUGUGCAUUAGAAGACAAGAGAAAUGUUUCCUGUCCUCUUGUUUCAUUGUAACACUAAUGCACUCCUACCCCCAGCCUGACCUUUCUGUUGUCAGUUCACUAUACAGCCAGCAGCCAAAGGCAUUGAAAUAUCACAUCCAUUAGUUUUUUAUAAUUAUUAUAUUGACAUCAUGUCAAGGGCAGGACGACCAGUUUUUGGCAUGCGAAUGGUCUUAGAGAAAUGGUAUAGUUGGUGGAUGAUGGCAGUCAGUGAAAGCUUCAUGACCAUUGCUGUGAGAAAUAGAUCCUAUAGAUUCUGUUUUUUCUUCAGGUGAACACAGUAUAAAAGAAAACUUCAUCUGUUGGGCCCUUCAGUAGAGCUACUUUCAAACCAAGGUCACCAGCAAGAUUUAGAAAUUGAAAGCAAAUACCGUUUAAUGCCAAAGACCAUCUACAGGGAAAAGCUUGAAACUAUUCCAGUUGAAACAGAAAUCAUCUGUGGGAGAUAAGCCACUCCUAUUUCAUUUUGGAAUGUAAAAGAAUUAAACCGAAUAAAUUGCACUACACCAAUAAAAUUAGCAUACAGACCAGCAACUUAUUACAUUAACAUAAAUACUGAGCCAAAUGGAUAUUACUGUAAAGACAGCUUUGUGUUAAUGCAUAUAAUGAGUUGAAGUGUUGAUAUUCCAUAUAUUGUAUUAUGCACAAUAGAUACAUAUUGAUUACAGUGCAAGUGCAGUUGGUUACCUAACCCUUUAUAAUUCUAAUCCUAAUUGCUGGACAUGUAUUACUGAUUUUGUGGUGAAAAGUUGAACUUCCAUCUGUGAAAUCCAAAUGUGGUGAUCCUGCAUGUGAUGGCCAUUGCAGUUGAUACCACUCUUUUUUAAGUUUAUUUUUCAGAAUGUUCAUGAGUAGCUGCAUCACUGGUGGCUUCUCAAGAAGGGUUCAGCUGUUAUGUUUCAGAAUAUCCCCCCUCCCUCUGUUAUAAUUGUUACGCCUUUUACAGAUAUCAGUUUGAAGGUUAGUGCACUUUAUGAAAAUUUUUUUUGAAAAGUGCACUUUCUGUAUAAUAGGGUUGUGAAGUAAAAUAUCAUAGUUUUCUUCAAUUCCUUUUUAAUUUAAAUUCAAAUAGAUUUAUAAAACAUGUGCAUCUCUAUCCUUGGCAUAAAUAUUGUUUUUGCAUUGAAGUAUUGUCUUCUCAUCCAUGCUUACUACAUUUUCAUGAAAGUAUUAAGCAUCUCAGUGUUAACAUUCACUGCCAUACUCCCAUGCUGGGAUUUUACUGACUGAGGCAUCUGCGUUUCCAUGAACUUAACCACAUUCAAAAUGGGAACAAAAGAAUACAAGUGAAAAACAGUUGACAGUCACUGUGUAUGUCUACUCUUUCAGGCUUCAAUAAGUUAUGCUGAAAGUUUCUCUGCAUUUUGUGAUGGAUGGGAGGGCACGACACUUUGUCAUCUGUAUAUUUGAGUGUACUGUGUUCAUCAACAUCGAUUUUCAGGAAACUUGGUUUGAAUCCGGGGGGUCAGCUGUAGUUUAAGUGUGGCUUAGAACAAAACACAUUCUGAAAUAUCACUUUGCAAGUAAGGUAAACCUAUGGAAGCAUGUGGAGAUAGUGCAACUCAAUGCAGAGACUAAGAACAGAGAAUUAUCUAAUUUUCAUCCAGAAGUGAGGGUGGAACACCAAUACUCAGGUGACAAAAUAUGUACACAUUGGGAACAGUCUGUUACUUGAUGGGAUCAGCACUGGUGUGCAGUAAACUGAAACCAAUCACAUGAUAGCAUCAGCGGUGAAUGUGUUAAGUGGGAUACAUUUUAUUCUUUACUUUCGUGGAGAGUGGUGCAGGAAAAUUAUGUUUCUUGUUGACCCACUAUGUACUAAUAAUGAGCUUGUAGGCACAGCCAAAAGCUGAAAAGCCACCUGAUGAGUCUGUCUCAACCUUUUCAAGUUAGUUUUAUCUCUUGGGCAUUUACAUACAAUUCCAGGGUACUGAAGGUUUUUGCUCAGAGAUGGUCUCAGGGGUUGAUGAGUAGUCAGAUGUUUAAAAUGAACACAUUAUGCCCCUUUAUUACAGUUUGACACAUACCAUGUCAACAUUAUAUCAUUACAUAUUUAAAUAUUUGUAUACUGCCGUAAUUCACAAUUUCUGUAUGAUGUGUAUAUACCAAACUUGUAAUCAUUUCUCACAUUUAUAAAUAUCCAUUUACCUUAGGGUUUUUUUUAGGUAGGUUGUUAUUAUAAGAACUUUCAGAGCAAGUAGUUCUGAUGUCACAGAUGGAAAUGUCAGAACUGAAGAAUUUGCAACUGCCAUUUCUGUAUUUAAGAAGUUGAUAUUCAAGGAUCAGUUAGAAAGUAACUACAGACAGUCUAAGCAGGGCAGCGUUUGUUAUUAUACCAUCACCAUAAAGAUCUAAUGCAGAACUGGUAUCAAUUAUGAUAGGACCAGAAGAUAGUAUUAAACGACAGUGUUCCAGUCAGUAUUACACCAUCAGCCUUUGCUAAGAAAUUGUGCUAAUUUUAUCAAGCUGUCUUUCUAGAACUUCUCACUUUUAUAGUUUGUAUAUUCAGCAGAAAAUCAUGAUUUCAGAGUGACCCUCAAGGCUUAAAACUUGUAAGGGUGGAUCAGUGGAAAAGGUAUUUUGUUUAUACCUUAGCUAGAGACGGAAUUGUGAAAUUGGUGGCAUUACUUUCAAACUGACCCUUGUGUAAUAUAUUAUAUGUAUAUAUAUAUCUUCAGAUUUUCAGCACUAAUAUACCAAAUUAAUUUGCUGCAUUUCUUUAUAAAAUAUUAAGAUGGUGUUAAUUCUGUGUUUUUGUUUAUUAGGCACAAGUGACACUGUUUUCCUUUAGAUUGUCGUCGGAGUUGCAACACUAUGUAAUUUUGGCCUGGUGCCGGACUCCUGUCCCUGUAUUGUGGAUGAAGACAGAGACAGUGUGUUACUCCAAAACAUUGACAUCCACAUACAAUACUGUGUUAGACCACAAAUUAAACAGUCACUACCAUGAAAACCUCAAAACUAAUAUGUUUUUCUUUCUUUUAUCUGAGCUGUGAUGUAAAACAGAAAUGUCAGGUUGACAUGACUGUAAUAAGAAUACUCAGAACUGAUUCUGUUUGCAGUAUGUAAGAACUUGGAAUGCAUAAACUGAAUUGAAGAAGGAACACAGGCAAAAUUUAGUCAGCCUGUAUCAUUGCUUUGUGUUACAGUUUAACAUGUGAUGUUAAGUUCAGUGUUCUUCAAGAUACUGAAGUAAUACCGACUUGAAAUAUCUGCAGAUGCUGGCUGCAGAAUUCUUUGGCAAAGAUCAUUGAGUUCAGAAUACAAUAUACUUAUUUAACCCCUUCAGCCCCUCGUUUUUAAGCACUGAUAUACCUUUUAAGAGUAGAUUUUUUUAAUGGUGUUGGAAAUAUCAAAACCAGUAUUUCAGGUUUUACAUACAUACCUGAAGUAUUAGAAUAUUUCUGAUUAUUCUCUUGAUUUGUGUUCAUUGAACAGCCAU